AUGCGUGGGCUUACUGGUUAUCACAUCAUGAUAGUCUCGAAGUACCUCAAAACUAUCAACGACUUUAUUAACUUGGAGUUGGUGUGCAAGAAGUUUGGUGGUAAUAUGGAGAAGUUUCAUUUUAACCCAAUUCCAUUAAAUUCCAAAACACUUGGAUACUUCCCAAACAUUGAGACACUUCAUUUGUGGGAUGAAAAAGAUGAAAAUUUUGGCAAUGGAUUUAUGAUCAACACAGAAAAAAAUGAAAAUAGUGAAAAUAAAGGUGUUUUGAAGAGAGAAUUCUUUCGAAUCAUUGUGUGGUUCAAUGUUGACUUUGAAACUGUUGACAGAAACAUUAAUCGAAACAUCGAGUUUAAGGAUGUUAUUUACACUCAAAAUGAUAGAAAGAAAUUUGGUAACAACAUACCAUCAAGUGUCACAUCAAUUGGUUAUGGUUGUUUCAGUAAAUGCAGUAGUUUAAGUAGUGUUAACAUACCAUCAAGUGUGAAAUCAAUUGGUGAUUAUUGUUUUUAUGGAUGCAGUAGUUUGAUCAGUAUUAUAAUACCAUCAAGUGUAAUAUCAAUUGGUGAUGGUUGUUUCAGUGGAUGCAGUAAUUUGGGUAGUGUUACAAUACCAUCGAGUGUGACAUCAAUUGGUGAUGGUUGUUUCAGUGGAUGCAGUAAUUUGGGUAGUGUUACAAUACCAUCGAGUGUGACAUCAAUUGGUGAUUGUUGUUUCAGUGGAUGUAGUAGUUUGAUCAGUGUUACAAUACCACCAGGUGUUAAAUCAAUUGGUGAUUAUUGUUUCUGUAAAUGCAGUAGUCUGACUAGUGUUAAAAUACCAUCAAGUGUCACAUCAAUUGGAAUUCAAUGUUUCCCAUCAAAUACAGUAUAUACAAGGAGGCUCCUAAAGCAGGUCCCCCUCCCCCACCCACCUCCUGGGAACAGAGAUUACUUAAAUGUAAGAUUGUGUAAAAUGGGGAGUAUAUAG